AUGAAGCCAAAAAUCAGAUUUUUACCCCUUUUCGUCGCGUUUUUGACUACUUUUUUGAGUGUUGAUGGUAGUGUAACACAAUCAUCGAGGCUGUCAAGUGUUUUCAAGCAUCAGUGUCCGGAAAGGUAAGAAUUUUUGUAUGGGUUUUAGAUUUUUUGGGGUUUUGUGGAGAACUUUGGAAAAAAUGUAAAAUACGAUAGUUCUAGCGUUUGCUCCAUUAAAAAUUUUUCUCUCACAAGCUUCUCGACACUACAAGGAACAUUUUAAUAUAACACUUGGCCAGAAUCUUACUGUAACUUUUUUCAAAAAUUCGAUUUAAAAAAAUGGUUGCAUUUUUGGGAUGACUUGGAAGAAUUGUAAAAUACGGCGUUUUCCAGUAACUUUUUGUAAAUUUAUUUGAUAUUGGCAGACUGCAGAGGCCAUUUAGAACAUAAAGAUGUCAAACUGGACCCAAAGAUUACUGUAAUUUUGUACGAAAAUUUGAUUUCAAAAAAAACUUGUAAUUUGGGAUGCCUUGGAAAAAUUGUAAAAUACGGUGGUUUGCAGUAAUCAUUCGUAUCUUUAUUUGAUAUCCAUAGAUUGUAGAGGCCAUGUAGAACAUAUAGAAAUAAAAUUUUGUCCAAAGGUUACUGUAAUUUUUCUGGAAAUUUGAUUUUAAAAAGCCUUGCAUUUUUGGGAAAAAUUGGUUAAAAAUUGUAAAAUGCGGCGUUUUUUUGUAACCGUCAAGUCAAAUUUUGACUCUCCAUAGCAUUCAGACACUAUCACCUCUCAUUUUCUACCAAUUGUCCGCGUUUGGGUUACUGUAAUUUCCCGCAAAUCAAUUUUUUUCCACAAAAUUCCAACUUUCCGGUUUAUUUUUGUUUCGUAUGCAAAUUCCCCUCGCCCAAAUCUUUAUAAAAUGUUUAUGAAAACGCGAUUGGGCUGAGAACGUGUGCCGAGUUUGUGAAUCAUGUUCUGUUCCCCCUUCCUUUUGUUUUUUGCUGACUAAACGGCGAAAAAAUAAUAAUCAGGGAGUGAGUAAUGAUUAUGAAUAUGAAACGAUAAGGUUGAUGAGGACGUUGGGGGAUGGCGAUUUUUUGUUAAAUACGAUUUUUUAAAGGGUUCUAAUAUUUAUGCAAAUUUUAGGAAAUUAUGCAAAUUUCCUAAAAUUAUGCAUAUUUAGAAAUUGACGAAUUUUUGAUGUAAAAUACGAAUUUAUUGAGUGGUUUCAAGAAUUUAUGCCAAUUUUCAAAAAUAUGCAAAUUUUUGAAAAUUAUGCAAAUUUUUUUAAAUUAUGCAAAUUUGUAAAUUGACAAAUUUUUGAUGUAAAAUACAAACUUCUAAGUGAUUUAAAGUAUUUAUGCAAAUUUAAAAAAUAUGUAAAUCUUUUGCCUUAUGCAAAUUUCCCUAAAAUACGAAAAUCUCCCGCCAAUUUUCACCUAAUUAAUUCGAAAUUAGCCCGGAUCCCUCAUCGCUAAUUUAUGCGUUAAAUUGUCAGAAAUUCCGAGCCGAUUUAACGGCGCGCUAACGGUCGAUUGCAACACAAAUCAACCGUGAAAUCCACCUGUUUUGAUGCAUACAGAGGGAAUCUUCUUCGAAUAUUCGAUGAUUUUGCUAAUAAUGGAGAAAAAAUGGCGACAUAAAGCGAUUUUUUUGGACACAAUGGAAAAAUAGAGAUUUUUAAAAAUUGUUCGUAUAAAAUGUCGAUAAAAAUGGGAUAAAAUUUGUUUGUAGGAUUUUUAAAAUACGGGGAAAUGGUUUGGUGAUUUUUAUUUUUUCAAAAAUUUGCAUUAAUUUGCAUAAAAUCGAGAUUUUGGAUUUUUUGCGUAUAAAAUGUCUCCCUUCUGUGAUUUGAUAAAAAAAGCUUUUUAAAAAUAUUCUUAAGGCCACUAGCAAACAGUUUUAUGGAAAAUUUUUUUUUGUUUCUUUAAAAUUUGCAUAAAUUUACAUUAAAUGAAAUUUUUUUAAUUUUUGCGUAUAAAAUGUCCCCCUUCUGACUUUUACGGAUAACAAAAAAAUCAAAAUUUUCCCACAGCCGUUAGCUAACAGUUUUACAAAGAAAAUUUUUUUGACGCUCUAAAAAUUUGCAUAAAUUCUAAAUUUAAAUUUACGUUUUUUCUCCCUAAAAUUUUACGUUUCGCCUCCAUAACGCCUAAUUAAUGACUUGAAUAAGAUAAAUACCACUGUAAAAAAGUUCCUCGUCGCUUAUAACGCUAUUUAUUACGCAACAAAUCCAGCCAAAUCCCUUGCGCAAAGAGAUUUUUUCGAAAAAAAUCCUCUCUUUUAUCCAUGGAUGCUUAUAACGGACCUAAUCCACUUGUUUUCGGCCUCUCAAUUACCAUGGACGAGGGUUUGAUUCAAGCCGCUCCAUUUUUAUGCAAAUCAAAGGAGUCACUUGAAGACAAUUUUUGGCAAAAAACGCCGAAAAUCAAGGGGUGAUGGGUUAAGUGGAGGGGGCUUAUUAGAAGAGAGAGUUGACGAUUUGAGAGAUUUUGAGAAGGGUUUCAAAAAUUUGCAUAAAUUUGCAUAAAGAAUUUUUUGCAUUGAAAAUUGAUUUUUUGAUCGGAAACAGUGUUUUUAGAUGGUUUAGAAGCCAAGAACAUUAAUUUCAGAGAAUUUUCAAAAAUUUGCAUAUAUUUGCAUAAAAAAAUUUUGUGUUGAAAAUUGAUCUUUUGAUCGGGAAUAGUGUUUUUUGGACGUUGUAGAAACCUUGAAAAUUAAUUUCAGGCGAUUUUCAAAAAUUUGCAUAAAUUUGCAUAAAAAAUUUUUCUUUUGAAAAUUGGUUUUUUGAUAAGAAAUAGUCUUUUUGAACAGUUCAGAAGCCUUGAAAAUUAAUUUUACACAAAUUCUUUACAAAUUUGCAUAAAUUUGCAUAAUUUAAAAAAUAUUCAAAAAACCGUAUUUUACUCAAAAUUAAAAAAUUUUCGGACGCAAACGAAAGAUUAUUGUGUAAUAAGCGCUGCAAUCGCAAUCUGUCCCACAGAAACGAGACAAUACCCCAAGUUUUUCGCACUCUCAUGCCCCUCAUGUCUAUUAUAACAUCGCAGUGGGGGAUGCGCCCGCAAAUGUUGGAUGUCAUUUCUUGGGAAAUUAUUCAAAUCAAACAUUCUGACGAGAUUCGAAGAGAUUUUUGCGUAUUUUUAGGGAAAUCUUGAGAAAAAAAUUUUUUUUUCAAAAUGAGAUUUUUUGAAAAUUUUUUUUUGAAAAUGCUUGGAAAUGCUCUGAGGCGCUUCAAAAGUGUCAUUGAAGAGAUUUUUAGUGGAUAAAAUGGUUUAAAAUUAGAAAAAAAUGGAAAAAAUUCUCAUUUUUCUAUGAAAUCUCCAAAUUUUUAGCAAUAUCUCAUCGAAAUGACCUCUAAAAGGCCUUGCUGAAUGGUUUUUUGUCCUGCGACGAGUGUCUUUUGUCUUGUUUUUUGUUCUUUUUCUGUUCCGGUCUUUUAUUUUGACCCGUAAUUUCUUGAGUAAUAUCUUCUAAUGGAAUUCCGCAAACAAAUGGCGAAAAAAACAAUAUUGAAAGCAGCAGAAAUCAUCUUCAAUAGUACUGGAAAAGAAUAGAGACUCGUAUUUUACAUCUUCUAUAUAAUUACUUUCACGUUUUGCCACUGUUUCUUCACUUUUCUCCCACGGGGAUUCGAACUUGGGCCAAUCAAGCACUGUUGCUUAACUUGCCAGAUCGGACGGGAUCUCGCACUCGCUUUUUACCAAAAACAAAAUUCCUCAAAAAAUGGCGGGAAAACAUGGGAUUUGAAAAUGCAUGAGAUUUUUUGAAAAUCCAGUAAUAUUUUUGGCAUUUUGGACGCGCUCAAGUGCACCCUGAGCGCUCUUUUCAUGUGGGAAAAUUCGCAGAACACUUGUUUCGCACUUCGCUUUAUUGCAUAACACAUAAUCUCAUUUCGGAUUAGACGAGUGGCUCGGAGGGAUCUUGGAAUAUAAUAUAAGAUUAUAAUAUCCAUGCGACGGGGGGUGGAAAGCAUGAAUAAUGACGGACGGAGAAAACAGCAUCGAAAAAUGAGAAAAAAAGUGAUGUGAAGUCAUGUAAAAAUACAUGAAAUGUUAUUUAAAAUCUUAUGCAAGCACUUAUCUACACAUCAGGAGACUUUUUUUGAUACUUUUCUCCCACCGGGAUUCGAACUUGGACGGAUGGUCGCUUAACUUGCCAGAUCGGACGGGAUGCUGCGCUCGAACUUUUCACAAACGGCCCCUUUGCCAAAUUGAGACUCCUUUUCAUUUGGAAAAGUGCGAAAGUGUCAUCCCGUCCGAUCUGUCAAGUUAGGCAACGUGCGUUUAACUUGUCGAAGUUCGAAUCCCAGUGGAAGAAAAUGAGAUUUUUGGGGGAAAUGGUGUUUUUAAAAACCAUGGUACACUACAACUAACCCUUGUUCAUUCAAUUUCUACUAAUUUUCAUCAAUUUAUUUUUUGAAUUUUCCACUUCAGCGUCCUAAAUUGCGCAAUUUCCUCAACAAACUUCUUUACACAGAAGCGAUUGCGCAUCCGCUUUUAUCAGCGGUCAUCGGCUUGUAAUUUCAUUACCCUCUAACAUGCCGCCGACACAUAUACAACUCUGCUGUAAUACGCGCAAAAAGAGUGCGAAAGUUGGCGUCCAUUAUGAUCUUUUGUUUUCGCCGACAAAAUUAGCCCAUUAUGUGAAGAGAGCGAAAGAAAGGGACAAGACACAGUGGCUAUUGCGCAAUUUGGCGACGAAAAUCGAACCUUCAAAAUAUAGCUGAUUCAAAAAAUUUUUUGGACUCGACUGAUGUCUAGAACAAUAUAAAAAUUAUAAAAAGAUUAAUUUAAGUUAAAAAAUGCAAAAACCUAUCAAGUCUCUUUGUUGUUUCCACUGGGAUUCGAACCCGCGCCGAUUUGGCGUCAAAGGAAUUUCGAAAAAAUCGCGAAAACGCCAUCCCGUCCGAUCAGGCAAGUUAAGCAACCGGGUGGCCAGUCGCGGGUUCGAAUCCCACUGGAAGAAAACGAUAAAAAUGGAUGUAAAAAGUGACUUGCAGCAUUAAAAAAUAUUCAAAAAUAUUCCAAGGGGUUAUUUUUGUAAAAUACGAUGGCCGUUAAUGCAGUUUCCACACUAAUUUACCUUGUUUUAGCUGUCUAUGCGUACCUGAUGUUCUGGACGUGGAACUGCUCAUAAUUUCGUGCAAAUGGCCGACGAUACAGAGCGGGUACUUGGAGAAAUUCCCAAAAAAUGCCACAAAGUCGCUGAGUAUUCAUUGCAGCGACAAUGGAAGGCCGAGCAAACUUCCGGAUGGAUCUUUUGAUGGGUUUUCGGAGCUAAAAGAGCUUCGAAUCUCGGUAAGUUGGGGUAAAAUACGAUGACACAAUCAUUUUUAUAGUUCUUCAAGCCGUUUUGGCCCCAUCUUAUACUUUAUUUUGAACAAAAAUUCAAUUUUUACUCAAAAAACCGCAAAUUUCUUCAAUUUUUCGCCAAAAGCUUGCUAAAAUAAUGUUCCAGCUGCUAUGAAAUCAUUUUUCCAGAGCUGUAAAUUCGACUCUCUGUCGUCAGGAUCAUUUGCUGGCCUGCAGAGUCUCAAAAAUUUGCAUAUCAGCGAGUUCGGUGACCCUCAGUGGAACUCCGACGUUUUUCACGAAAUUCGCUCGAUUGACAAGCUCUCACUGGUCGAUGGUGGUAUCAAAAAUCUUCCAGAUGGCAUGCUCUGUGUUCUGCGGAACUUACAAGUAAGUUUUAUUGAGCUUUUCAGUGAGAAUUUUGGAAUUUUCCAAAUUUUGAUGAUUUUUUGGAAAAAAAUUAAAUUUUAAGCAAAUUUAUUCAAAUUUUUUUAAUUAAUUGAAAUGUCAAAUUGUAUAUUAAGGCUCUAUCUUUAUUUUACAUAUCAAUUUCACCCAUUUCUUUGUGAAAAAUAACGAGAUUUUGGCAAAAAUAUGAAAUUUUUGACCCCCGCACAAUGCAGUUUUUCAAAUUGCCUUUUAUGGCCUCAAAAAGCUCUAAAAAUAUUUGAAACAGCUUGUGCGACAAUCCACUCGGCCUAAUGAGGAAUUAGACCGGAUGUGUAACGCGUGCGUUUCUCAUUACCCGCAGGCUUUUCGUCUGCUUUUCGUUAUUGCGCGCAUUCCAAUAAUUUCGACGGAAGUGAGGUCUUCUGGCCCCGUGGAUUUGGCUUAUUAAAAAUUUUGGAGGAGAGAAGCAAUUGGAAUGCAGAAUUGGAGCUGGGACAAAAAAAAUUUGAAAAAAAUUUUAAAAAAAUUAAAAAAUUGUAAAAAUUAAAAAUGAAAAAUUCGUAUUUUACAAUGUCAAAAAGUCAAAAAUAAUUUUAUUUUUCAUUUCCCGACACUGAGAUUCGAACCGGCGCCUUUUUGACGCCAUUUACCUGUAUGGCAAAUCAUGAGAGCGUCAUCCCGUCCGAUCUGGCAAGUUAAGCAACGGCACGGCUUAAGUUCGAAUCCCGGUGCGGGAAAAAGAUAAAAAAAGUUUUUUUAUUGUAAAAUACGAGCUCAUCACAUUGUAUUGCCAUCCUAAAGUAUAGAAAAAAUAUUACCUUACCCACGAAAACCCAAAAUUUUCAGAUUUUAUCGGUCUCCGGAAACCAAUUGUCCGAUAUCAAGCUGGGACUCAAUGAAGAUUGCCUAUUGGAGCAUUUAAUUUUGCUGGACGUCUCAAAAAAUCGAAUCCGACAGAUUGAUUCCAAAGAUUUGGUGGCAUUCCCAGUGAUUCGGCAGUUGAGUGCGACUCGAAAUGGUCUCGACGAAAUCGCGGCGGAUGCAUUUUUGCCCACGAAAUUGCUUCAGCACCUCGAUUUGGAGGGAAAUUUGAUCAGAGCGCUGCCGGCAUUGCCUGGUAAGUCCAAGGUUUUGAAUUAAAUUCGGAUUUUUUUGUUGUUAAAAGCAAUUUAAGCAUGCGGAUGCGUAUUUUACCUUCAAAGUCAUCUUUCAAAACUUUUUGAAUCUAUUUUCCAACCAAAAAAUCGCAUUUUACUCUACGGGGAUUCGAACUUGCAUUAAUCAAGCAAAGUUGCUUAACUUGCCAGAUCGGACGGGAUGCCGCACUCGAACUUUUCACAAAUGCCCUUCUGUUCAAAUUAGCGCCUUUUCAAUCGAAAAAAGUGCGAAAAGCCAUCCCGUCCGAUCUGGCAAGUUAAGCAACCGUUCUGACCAUUGCAAGUUCGAAUCCACCUGGAAAAAAUAAGAAAAAUAUAAAAUAAAAAAUUGUAAGAUACGGUCAGCAAUAUUUCAGUGAUAAAAAAAUGUUUUCAGACUCUCUGCUCUAUCUAAACUUGGCCGACAACCGUCUGGAGACGAUUCCGGUUACCGUAGCGAACUUGGAAAAUUUGGUCUCGCUGAAUUUCUCGCGAAACGAGAUUGAUAUGCGAACUCCAUUCCAGCUGUUUUCGCAAGUCAUCGAGAUCCUGGAUUUUAGCUACAAUCGGUUCAAUACGCUGCCAACGGCGGUGUUCGAGCGGUCUGUGGACACUUUGAAGACGCUUAUUUUGGUUGGAAACGAAAUUUCAACACUGGAAAUUGGGGGUUUCGGGAAUUACAGUCGACUUCAAAUGGUAAGAGAUUUCUUGGAAUAUCAUUUUGGCAAUUUUGAGAAAAUAUGCAAAUUUUUCAAAAAUUUGCAUAAAUUUUUAUCUUUUGCAAAAUGAUUUAAUUUCUUGUUUUUGCUAAAUUUGAGGCUAAAAACUUUGAUUCUAAACGUAUUUUAGCAAGUUUUGAAAAUAUGAAAAUUUUUGAAAAUUUGCAUAAAUUUGCAUAACCUCGCAAAUUGCUCACCAGACGUCUUAUUUACGUUUAGGCAAUCGUAAAACUCCCUAGUCGUAAAUUCUGAGGUCACUAAAACGCUCGCAGAACACAUGUCCUUUUAUGGCCAUAAUUGGGACAAGAUUGCGCAAGAUUGUUUUUAUGAUUCUGGUGUAUCCAAAUAGUCCAGAAAAUGGCUAAAAUUAGUUCUAGACUUCUCAUAAUUACAUAUAAAUUCAUAAAAAUUCAAAAAAUUUAAAAUUUGAAUAUGCAAAUUUCAGCUUGACCUCUCAAAUAAUCGGCUCAAAAGUCUCUCCGAAGGUGUUUUCGAGGGUCUCAAUGAAUUGAUUGAGCUAAAAUUAGUCAACAACACGAUCUAUCACGUCGAUGUGGAGGCUUUCAAACCCCUAGCGGACAAAUUACAAUAUCUGGAUAUGGGUCAGAACAAGUUAACCGAGCUCCCAAUGGCCGUUGGACGGCUGAAAUCCGCCAGACAUCUCGAUUUUGACAGCAAUUUGAUUCGGUAAGUUUUACAGGAAACCCUGGACCUUAUGAAGCGUAUUUUACCCUCAUUUCUUCCACAGGGAUUCGAACCCGCGAUAGUCAACUCAUUGCUUAACUUGACAGAUCGGACGGGAUGACGUUUUCGCACUUUUUUCAAUUGAAAAGGCGCCAAUUUGGCAAAGAGAAGGUUUGUGAAAAGUUUGAGUGCGGCAUCCCGUCCGAUCUGGCAAGUUAAGCAACGGUGCGGAUAAUCAAUGCGGGUUCGAAUCCCAGUGGAGGAAAAUGGAAUUUUUGAGAUGAAAAAGAUGGAGUAAGAAAUAGAAAUAGGUUGUCGUGGUAAAAUACGAAGUCAUUAGCGUUUUGGUCAUUAUUUUUUGCAAAAAACUAUUGAGGAAUUACCAGUAAAGUUUAAAAAUUCUCAAUUUUUCAAUGAAAAGGGGAUUUUUCGAUGUGAAAUGCAAAAAAAAUUUUUAGACGAAGAGAAUAUGGGUAAAAUACGAAAUCUUCUUCCCAUUUUGCAGGCUUUAUAACUAAGGAUCCUGUUUCAGAAAGACCUACAAGUUUAUUUUGAACAAAGUUUCACAUCUCAGCAAACUUUCUCUGGCGAAUAAUCAGCUCAAUUCCAUCGAAAGCUACGUGUUCAGUGACUGUGCCAAACUGAACGAGCUCAAUUUGCGCAACAAUAAAAUCGAUUUAUUAAAUGUGGACGCAUUCAAUAAGUCGCCUUUAUUGCGAACUCUGGACUUGUCGAAUAAUGAAUUGACUGAGCUUAGAGGCUCGUUGAAGAGCCUUAAAUCCCUGAGGCAUUUGAACUUGACCAGCAAUUUGUUCAGUUUGCUGGAUUGGAACGAAUUUCCCGAGAAUUUGGUGCAGCUUCAGGUGGGUGAAGAUAAAAAAAUGGUGUAAAAAUUGGGGGAAGGUUAAUUUUUUCGAACUUUGUUAUGAUGUCUUAUAGUAAAAAAUUUGUAAAAUACGGAUGAGUGAAGUUCUUAGUAAUUUAUGACCUUUUUUACAAAAUUUUUUUUUCUGAAAAAAUUUGGUUUUUGUGUCAAAAAAACAUAAAAUACGUCGAGCGAUAGUUAUCUUCAAUUUAUUUUUUCAUUUUUGCCCUUUUCUUCCACUGGGAUUCGAACCCGCGCCGAUUUGGCGCCAAAGGAAUUUCGAAAAAAUCACGAAAACGCCAUCCCGUCCGAUCUGGCAAGUUAAGCAACGGUGGUUGAUUAGUCGCGGGUUCGAAUCCCAGUGGAAGAAAAGGGUAAAGAAAAAAGUUUAGAAGUAAAAUUUGAAUAUUUUCGAUUAAAUUUUGAAUAGAAAUGAUUUGUAAAAUACGAAGUCGUAAAAUUCUGCAUAGUUUUUUGAAAAAAACGGGAUUUUUUGAAAUUUUUUGCAUUUAUAAGAGGAAAAAAUCAGCUUUUUACUUUUUAAACAGUCCAAUUCCUAAUUUAUAGAUGUCCGACAACCGUGUUGCUCUUUUGGCUGCUGCGACAAAGUCGAAAGUGCGCAAAUUGGAGCUGCAAAACAACGAAAUCACCGUCCUUUUGACGGAGCAGCUGCCGGAUGAGCUGGAAUUCCUCAACAUCUCCUCGAAUCGCAUCUCCACGCUGAACAACAGCACUUUUUCACGGCAACCCCACCUGAAACAGGUGGAUUUGCGGCGCAAUUUGCUGAAGUCGUUCAAUCAGCAGACUUUUCCGCUGAAUUCCGGCCUUCUGAAGCUGUUCCUGAGCCAGAAUCCGCUCGAGUGCAACUGCGAGACGGGCUGGUGGAGGGCGGCGGAGCCGAAGAGCUCGUCGGCGGUCCAGUUGAUGGAUUACAAGCAGAUUGAAUGCACUGUUCAGGCAAAUAAAGUGAGUUUUGCGGUUUUUUUGGGAUUUUUUGGGGAUUUGAGUUUAAAUUAAGGUUCAAAAAGGAUUUUAAUGAACUUCAAAUUAAUUGUGAAGGCGUAAAAUGGUUUAUGACACCACUUUUAGCCUACCGGUUACUUGAUUUUGUUCAAAAAAUGAGAUUUUUUGGCGAAUUUUGCCGUUUUUUGGGAGUUUUUGGGUAUUUUAGUGUAAAAUAAGGUUCGAAAACUAUUGUAAUGAACUUCAAAUUAAUUGUGAAGGCGUAAAAUGGUUUAUGACACCACUUUUAGCCUACCGGUUACUUGAUUUUGUUCAAAAAAUGAGAUUUUUUGGCGAAUUUUGCCGUUUUUUGGGAGUUUUUGGGUAUUUUAGUGUAAAAUAAGGUUCGAAAACGAUUGUAAUGAACUUCAAAUUAAUUGUGAAGGCGUAAAAUGGUUUAUGACACCACUUUUAGCCUACCGGUUACUUGAUUUUGUUCAAAAAAUGAGAUUUUUUGGCGAAUUUUGCCGUUUUUUGGGAGUUUUUGGGUAUUUUAGUGUAAAAUAAGGUUCGAAAACGAUUGUAAUGAACUUCAAAUUAAUUGUGAAGGCGUAAAAUGGUUUAUGACACCACUUUUAGCCUACCGGUUACUUGAUUUUGUUCAAAAAAUGAGAUUUUUUGGCGAAUUUUGCCGUUUUUUGGGAGUUUUUGGGUAUUUUAGUGUAAAAUAAGGUUCGAAAACGAUUGUAAUGAACUUCAAAUUAAUUGUGAAGGCGUAAAAUGGUUUAUGACACCACUUUUAGCCUACCGGUUACUUGAUUUUGUUCAAAAAAUGAGAUUUUUUGGCGAAUUUUGCCGUUUUUUGGGAGUUUUUGGGUAUUUUAGUGUAAAAUAAGGUUCGAAAACGAUUGUAAUGAACUUCAAAUUAAUUGUGAAGGCGUAAAAUGGUUUAUGACACCACUUUUAGCCUACCGGUUAUUUGAUUCUGUUCAAAAAAUGAGAUUUUUUUGGAAAAUUUUGCCAUUUUUUGUGAUUUUUUGGGUAUUUUAGUGUAAAAUAAGGUUCGAAAAGGAUUGUAAUUGACUUAAAACUAAUUGUGAAGAUUUAAAAUCAUUUAUAAGGUCAUGUUCAACUUACAGAUUGAUUGAUUUCAUCCAAAAAAAUGAGAUUUUUUAUCAAAUUUAGCAAUUUUUAUGGAUUUUUUGAAAAUUUAGCGUAUAAAAUGGCUUCCUUUGAUCUCGCGACGUCCUCAAAUUAAAACUAGCACUUUUAGUACUGCUAUUUAAUAGUUGGUUUUGCUAAGUUAUCAUACUUUAUUGGCAAAAAAUCGAGAUUUUUACAGUUUUUGGCGAUUUUUGGAAAUCCAUCGUAUAAAAUGUCGCCAUUUGAGUUUUUUUUUGGUAUUCAGAUUUAAAAUCAUAAUUUUUCUUGUGAGAUGGCAGUAAUUUUUACUCUAUUUCUGCCUCUGUACCUCCAAAAAUCUCAUUUUUUCAAUUUCAAAUUUUUUCGUAUAAAAUGUCUCCCAACUCAAAAAUGUCUCCCACUUCAAAUUUCCACUUUUUCAGCAACUGAAGUCCCUCUCCGCCACCAAACAGGAUGAUUUUGUUUGCGCAUACGAGGAGAUUUGCGAGCCAAAUUGUGUGUGUUGCCAAUUCUCAUCCUGCGAUUGCAAAUCCAAGUGCCCCAAGGGCUGCAAUUGCUAUCAUGACGCGGAUUUCCGCACCAAUAUCGUUCAUUGUGAUGCGAACAAGACAAAGGAGGUUCCAUUCGAGAUUCGCGAGCUUCCCAUGCAUGCUACUCACAUUAGACUGAAUGGACUGAAAUUGCACAUGCUCAAAAGCCGCGAUUUGACUGGACGAGCGCAUCUACAGGAGCUGAGGAUCAAUAAUACUGGGUUGAAGGAGGUCCAACCAAUGGCUUUCAACACUUUGCCCAGCUUGAAGGUAAAUUUUUGAUGAUUUUUGAGAUUUUUGUGGCUAAAAAAUUAAAUUUUCUUUGCUGACCAUUACGUAUUUUACCUCUAAGACAUCUUCUAACUUUUUAAAAACUCAAUUUCUCCCAAAAAACCCAUUUUUUCCCACCGGGAUUCGAACUUGCAUUACAUCUGCAGUGUUGCUUAACUUGCCAGAUCGGACGGGAUGCUGCACUCGAACUUUUCACAAACUGUCCCCUUGCCUAAUCGGCGUUCAUUUUAAUUGAAAAAGUGCGAGAACGUCAUCCCGUCCGAUCUGGCAAGUUAAGCUACUAGGAUGACUAAUGCGAGUUCGAAUCCCUGUGGAAGAAAAACAGUUGAUUUUUUGGGAUAUUAAAGUCAGAAAGGAAAAAAUUGAUGUGGUCUUGGUAGGGUACACAUUGGUAAAUAAAAUAGUUCUAAUUUUCAAAGCAAAAACUUAAUUUUUUCAUGGAAAAAUCGACAAAAAAUGUGAAAAAUGGCUGAAAAUUUUGAUUUUCAGGCCAUAAAUCUAUUUUUAAAGCCUUUUUAAGCCUUUUAAAGCCUUUACUAAUAUGUUAUUUUCAGACUCUCUCCCUCACACACGGUCAUCUCCACAAAUUGGACGCGAAAAUCGCGGUGAAGACGGCGCGUUUGCAGCAUUUGGACCUAUCGCACAACCACCUGAACCACCUUUCCGCGGAGCUUCUGGAGACGUUUCCGAACCUGAAAGACAUUCUUUUACACUCCAAUUCAUUCAGCUCGAUGCCGGAACUGGUGCUAAAGGUGGUGCCGGAGAAGUUGCGCACUCUUGCCCUCGGGGCAAAUCCGUUUCGCUGCGACUGCGUGGGAGACGAGAGCGUCUUCAAUGCGCAGAAUUUCGUGGCCUCGAAUGUGGGGAAGAUUGUGGAUGUGGAGACGGUGCUGUGCGUGGAGAAUGUGACGCGUGCGUUCCGCUUCAAUGAAACGUUCGCGUUGAGCAGUCAGGCGCCGAAUGUGGGCGAGGAUCUGUUCGUUAUGAAGAUGGUCGAUUUCCUGCGACAAGCCAAUACGACCAUGUGCCGAAGACGCAACAAUGGGCUCUUUGGCGGCGGCGCUUUGUACAGCUUGUUCUUGGUGGUGAUUGCCGUGUUUUUCGUCAUCACCGCCCUCUGUGGACUUCUUUAUUUGGCCAUUGCGGUGCUACGCAAAACUCAGGAGGGCUUAAAACAACAUCGAUACAAAAAAGCACCCAUGAGCAUGAAUAGCAGCACGCUAACGCCGAAUGGAGGCUUCUCCCCGCAGCCAUUGAUCAAUUUUGAUUUGUUCAUCAGCUAUUCGAAGAGGGACGAACAAUUCGUCAAGGAGAGACUUUGCAAGUAAGUUGGGAAGGUUGCAUCCAAAAAAUCCAAAAAAAAAAUUUGGGGAUUUUUGAAAUUUUUUUUGAAAUUUUUUUUGGAAAUUAAAAAAAAAAUUUUUUCGUCCAAAAAAAUUUUUUGAGGCUUUUUUAUUUAUAUUAAUAUUAGUUACAAAAAAAUGUUUUAAAAAUUUUUCCAUAUUUUCAAACAGCCUUUUUUCGGAAUUUUUUGGGAUUUAAAAAAAAAUAAAAAUAAGGAUUUUUUUUAUUUUUUAAAAUUUUCGACAAAAAAUUGGGGCUCAAAAAAGGUGUUUUUCAACGUUUUGAACCGUUUUUUAUCUGAUUUUCAUUUUUUCCAUCAAAAAAUCAGGACCUCAAAAAUCGAUAUUUCGACAACUAUUGCCUAUUUUUUCAAGAAAAAAAUUGUUUUUAAAAUGUCUAGAUUUUUCCAUCAAAAAUCGGAGCCUCAAAAAUUGAUUUUUACCUAAUUUUUUAUGCAAUUUUUCAAAAAAAAAAAUUAUUUUGAAAAAUAUUUUCAAAAUUUUUCCAUCAAAAAAUCAGGACCUCAAAAGAAUCAUUUUUCGACCACUUUUAGCUAUUUUUUCGAAGAAAAAAUCAUUUUGUGAAAUUUUCCAAAAUUUUUCCAUCAAAAAAUAAGUGCCUCAAAAAAAUUUUCCUCCAUUUUUGGUCGAUUUUUCAAAAAAAAAAAAAAAAAAAUUUAAAUUCCUUCAAAAAAUCAGUUCCUCAAAAAAUAAUUUUUCCAACCUCUUUUGUCGAUAUUUCCCCCUAAACUUCCACUUUUCCCUCUAAAACUUCCAUUUUCAGCACACUCCACGCCCACGACUACUCAAUGUGUCUGCUGCACGACGACACCCCGCCCGAAUGCUACAGUAAUCGGCAUCAGCGGAUCAGCGAUGAAUUGAACAAGCAGAUGGGUGCUAGUCAAACGCUGAUCUUGGUGUUGACCAAAGAUUUCCUGGAGAACGAAUGGAGCACGUUGCAGAUCAAGACCAGCCAUCAGCUGUUCAGCGCGCGCAAAUCGGAGCGAAAAGUCAUCGUUUUGUUGGACGAAGCGAUUGACACCAACUCCGUGGACAAUGAGCUGGGCCAGAUUAUGAGACAUAACACCUGCAUCCCGCUGCAUCAUCAGCUGUUUUGGAACUUGCUGCUGGGCGCCCUGCCUCGGAGGGAUUACGGUAGCGGAGAUGGGAUUUAUGCGGAUAAUAACUCGGAGACCACACAAAUUUAUAGUGAUAUGUACGGAACAAUCGUUCCCAGUGAGAUUGUCUGA